AUGGCAUCAUCGUCAUCGUCAUCGUCGUCGCCGUCACCACCACCACCAUCGUCAUCCAUGAUCUCAAACCCGACAACCCAGAGCACGGACCGGUCACGUGACGCAAAGAGAAGAAAAAAGAAGAAAACACCGCAGCGAGAGGAUCAGAGCCACCCCAAAUGGAAAUCGCAAGCGCAGCAACAAAUCUACUCCUCCAAGCUGCGUCAAGCCUUGGCCAGAGUCAACCUCGCCUCCGCGCCGCCAAAGGGAAAAGCCGUGCGCGAAGCCGCCGACAGAGUCCUAGCAGUGACGGCGAAGGGGAGGACGCGGUGGAGCCGAGCCAUCCUCACCAACCGGCUCAAGCUCAAGUUCACCAAACACAAGAGACAGAGAGUGACCACAACACCCCCUAACCGGUGGAAGAAAGCACGCGUGAGCGUUCACCGGCUGAAGGGGAAGAGUGGAGCGAGUGUGCAGAGGAAAGUGAGGCUCCUGGGACGGUUGGUUCCCGGUUGCCGAAAAGAACCGUUACCGGUUGUUCUGGAAGAAGCCAUCGAUUACAUACCCGCGCUUGAGAUGCAGGUUCUAGCCAUGAACGCCCUCUUUAACCUUCUCUCCGCUUCUUCUUCUUCUUCUUCUUCUUCUUCCGGCGCCUCCUCCGGUAGCCCCUCAUAA